AACAAUUAGUGGAAUUAGUCUGAAUAAUGCUUAAAUUCUGUAGUAAGGCAGAUUUUCUUGUUAGAUCUGUCAAAAUUCAAACAAUAGUUGUAAAGUCUUCUUUAUCUUUGCAAAUACUCAAAAGAAAUUUAAAAAAUUUAGAAAAUAAUUUAAGUAAUAUUCGAAACUAUAAAACAAUGAGUUGCAAUACUUCUUUAUACACCUUACCAAACAAUCAACCAGUGGUUUACUUGGAAUGUAAAAAUGCAUUUAAUGCCUUAACUGCUAGAGAGAAACUCUACGCGCACUACUUAAGUCAAGCGGCCUGGAAUGGGAGUCUCAUUACGUUUAUUCAAACUUCUCCAGAGUCGCCACUGCUUUUUGCUCUUCUCCAUAAGGUUUUCUUGGCGGAGCCAAUUGAUAGUCUAAAGACGUCGGCUCUGGCUGCUGGUGUUACUGAAGAUGAAUUUACUGCAUUUUUGGUUUUUGCGAACGGCUUCUUCUCGAAUGCAGGCAAUUACAAGUCUUUUGGCGAUAGUAAAAUAAUUCCAAACAUGUCAGAGGAGAAAUUCGAAGAUUUGAUUAAAUGUUCAGUUGCCUAUAAGCAGGAAACCAAAAACUUACAAUCCAUUUUAAAUACAAUAAAAGGUGUGAUAUUUUCAGUAGCAGGAAAAUUAAAGACCUUGGGUCUGGGAGACAAGGGGAUCACGACUUACUUUUCCUCCAAUUGCACAAUGGAAGAUGCAGAUUUAAUCAAUGAGUUUAUGCAGCACAAAGGAUUAGAAUCUUAUAAUACCAGAUGCUUUAAAACGAUAAAAAAUGGAAUUACUAAUUAUGAAAUAAGAUUAGCUUCCAUAGAAACGAGCAGUGAUUCUAAAAUAACUUCAGAGCCAAAAACUUUCAAAAAUUCAGUUUUCGAAAUUACAAGAGGAGAUUAUAGUCAGUUGUUAGAGAUCGUGGUGAAGAAUCUGGAUAAAGCCAAGGAAUAUGCUGCAAAUGAUAGGCAGAAAAACAUGCUGCAAAGAUACAUCAAUCAUUUCAGAGGUGGCUCUCUCAACGAGCACAAAGAUGGUUCUCGAUUUUGGGUGAUAGAUAAGUCUCCAGUUAUAGAAACGUACAUUGGCUUUAUCGAGACUUACAGAGAUCCAGCUGGUCAACGCGGAGAGUUCGAGGGCUUCGUGGCGAUGGUUAAUAAAGAAAUGUCGAAAAAAUUCUCCGAAUUAGUAGCUAGAGCAGAACAGUUUUUACCGAGGUUACCGUGGGGUGGAGAUUUCGAAAAGGAUGUAUUUCUCACGCCUGAUUUUACCUCCCUGGAUGUUUUAACGUUCGGCGGCUCGGGAAUCCCAGCGGGGAUAAAUAUUCCAAACUAUGAUGAAAUCAAGCAAUCCGAAGGAUUUAAAAACGUCUCCUUAGGAAACGUAAUUCCCGCGAGUAUGAAGCAAGACGUCAUGAUGUUCCUAUCUGACGAGGACCAGGCGCUGAUGCAUAAACAUCGAGUCGCGAGUUUUGAAGUUCAAGUUGGUCUCCACGAAUUGCUUGGACAUGGGAGUGGAAAACUUUUGAAGAAAUAUAAUGACGGUACUUAUAAUUUUGACACAAAUAAGGUCAUGAAUCCUCUUACGGGAAAGAAGAUUGACAAGGUUUACCAGAGUGGCGAAACCUAUGAUUCCAAGUUUGGUUCUAUUGGUUCCAGCUACGAAGAAUGCAGAGCCGAAGCAGUCGGACUUUUCCUCAGUUUGGACAAAGACGUUGUGAGUAUUUUUGGCUACUCGGAGAACAAUGCUGAUGAAAUAAUUUACGUGAAUUGGCUGUCAUUGAUUUGGGCUGGCUGCGCCAAAGCUCUCGAGAUGUACGAGCCUUCGACAAAAACUUGGCUGCAAGCGCACUCCCAGGCACGAUACGUCCUCAUGCGGGUUUGCCUCGAGGCUGGAGAGAACUUCUUAACCAUUGAGGAAACAGAAUCAGGAAAGAAUUUGAGUUUAACAGUUGACAAAAGUAAACUCAAUACGGUAGGAAGGAGAGCCAUUAGUGAAUUUCUCAAGAAACUUCAGAUUUAUAAAAGUACUGGAGAUUUUGACGAGGCGAAGAAAAUGUACGACAAGUACAGUGAAGUACCUGAGACUGGUGCUCAUCCUUGGGCGAAAUGGAGAGACAUUGUUCUCGCUAAUAAGCAACCGAGGAAAAUUUUUGUCCAGUCAAACACAUGUUUUGACAAAAAAGAUGAUUCCAAAAUUGAUCUAAAAGUUUACGACGCUACAUUUGAUGGUUUUAUAAAAUCAUGGACAGAUAGAUUCCCCGAUCCUCAAGUUUCUAGUAUUUUAGUUGACCUUUGGAAUAAAGAUGCUCACCAUUUUCAGUUGGAGACACUUAAAAAUUGAAGAGAAAUCAACAGAGUUUCACCUAUCAUUUUUUAUAUUUUAUAUACCUACAAUAUAUUGCAUUGCUUUCUGCAAUUCCAUUUUCUAAAAUUCAAAAGGAUUUUGCAAUAAAAUUUUUAAUAAUCUGUAAUCUUUGUAAUAAAACAAUUGGAAGUCUGUGAA